UCAAAUAGGAUAUUAAAAGAGAUAUUCAAAAGUUGGCCUUGUUGAAGAUAAGAAAGAAAUAUAUCCGGCACUGAAGAGUCUCAGGCUGAAUUAGAAAUGGAUUAUGAUAGAUCGGAUGAGAUAAAGGCUAUUGAUGAUACAAAGGCUGGUAUUAAGGGACUUGUUGAUUCUGGAAUAGUCCAGAUUCCAAGAAUUUUUAUUAGGCCACCUCAUGAACUUGCUGAGGAGCUGAAUCUGUGCAAGUCAACUCUACAGGUUCCGGUGGUGGAUCUAAGUGGCAUAGAAGUUGAAGAUCGUCGUAAGAAGAUUGUUGAUGAAAUAAGGGAAGCAUGUGAGAAAUGGGGCCUUUUCCAACUGAUAAAUCAUGGGGUUCCUUCAAGUGUUUUGGAAGGAAUGAUCGAUGGGACUCGUAAAUUUCAUGAACAAGAUGUUGAAGUAAAGAAAGAGUACUAUUCGUCUGAUGCAAAAACCAGACCUGUUACAUAUAAUAGCAAUCUUCAUCUGUACAAAACAAAAGGAAGGACUGCAAACUGGAGAGAUUCAUUAUACAUCUCUGGGCUAGUUUCUGAUCACAAUGUACCGGAAGAAAUACCUCCAAUUUGCAGGAAAACAUCCCUUUUGUACAUAAAUCAUAUCAGAAAGCUAGAAGACAUUCUUCUUGGCUUACUAUCUGAAGCUCUCGGGCUAAAGUUAAACCACUUGAAAGCUACCGAAUGUGACAAAGUACAAACGUUCGCAUGCCAUUACUACCCGGCAUGCCCACAGCCAGAGCUAUGUCUUGGUAUUGGUAAGCAUACAGAUCCUGUUUUCCUUACCAUUCUGCUUCAAGAUCAGAAUGCUGGGCUCCAAGUCAUGCGUGAUAACCAAUGGGCUGAUGUUGAACCGAUUGAGCAUGGUUUGAUUGUUAAUAUUGGUGACCUUCUUCAGAUGCUAUCAAAUGACAAGUUUGUGAGUGCAAUUCAUAGAGUUGUCGCAAAAAAUGUAGCACCAAGGAUUUCAGUGGGAUGCUUCUUCAAUGGUCAUUUAGAACCUCCAAAGAUGUAUGGUCCAAUCAAAGAGCUCAUAUCAGAAGAAAACCCCCCAAUAUAUAAAGACUUUCUGGUAGCUGAUUAUCUCGCUAAGUAUUUCUCCAAGCCUCCUGAUAAGACUGGUCUUGAUCUUUUCAGACUAUGAAGAGAGACCGAGAACCACGUCGCCUAACAGCAGCAAAAACCAUCAGAAAAGAUUUAUCAUCAUUCAGAAAGAACAAUGUCAGAGUUUGUGAUACGAUAAUGUCUUUCUUAUUCUGCUGUUUAUUUUCAAAUGAAGAAAUAAAUCUCAAGAA